UGUUUGGUGAAAAUGCUCAGGUGGAGAAUGGAAACUGUUUACCAUAAACUUAUGUUUCAUUACUUUUCCACAGAAGAACUGAGACUUAUUCUGGUUGGAAAAACUGGAUCUGGAAAAAGUGCAUCUGGAAACACCAUCCUGGGAAAAACAAAUGUCUUUCAAGAUGACUUGUCACCUGAGUCUGUGACUAAAGGCUGCCACCGUGAAGAGGAUAAAGUUGGUGACAGGAACAUUGUUGUGAUCGACACUCCGGGGCUAUAUGACACAAGCAAAACACAAGAACAAGUUAAAGUAAACAUUGAGGAGUGCAUUCAACAGUCAGUUCCAGGACCCCAUGCUUUCCUGUUAGUGAUCAGCCUGAAGUCAAGAUUCACACAAGAGGAGAAAGACGCUGUCAAGUGGAUCGAGGACAAUUUUGGGUCAGAGGCUUCAAUGUAUACCAUGGUCCUGUUUACACACGCCGACCUGCUGAAAGGUAAAUCUGUGGAAGACUACGUGAAGGAGAGCAAACAUCUACGAAGUCUGAUAACACGGUGUGGAGGACGAUACCAUUCACUCAUCAACAACCAGAGAGGUGACAGAGAGCAGGUCAGAGAGCUCCUAGAUAAAAUACAGGAAAUGGUGGAAUUCAAUGGAGGAGAGCACUACACUAAUGAGAUGUACAAGAAAGCCCAGGAGAAACUUAAAAAGGAGAAAGAAGAGGAGCAAAGAAGAAAAAGACAGGAAGAGAGGAUCAGAAAGGAGGAGGAAAAGUCAUCAAGGUGUAUGCUGGUUAGUUAUGCUACUGUAGCAGGUAUAGCUUCAGCUCUAUAUUAUGGAUCACCUGUCUUGCAGGAGCAGCUGCAGUAACUGGUCUCUCUCAAGGUUAUGAUUGUGUCAUAAACAUGUUUACUGGUUGAUCAGACCUGUGAGGAAAUGGUGGAAGGAGAAAUAGAACAAGACAAGUAAAAGCUUUGAAUAGCAGGUAUUUAGAUGGCAUUAGCUUAAUCGUGUGUUCAUUUCUUGUUACUGGAAAUUAGAAACAAACUAAGUCCAAUGUUAAUGUGUGAAAGAAUAAAAACAUACUAUAAUAUUAUUAUAAUCAAUGCUAAAUGAUCAGCGUCCUUCUACUGACUUUUAUUUCUAUAUUCAUUCAUUUACACCUGUAGUAUAUUAUCUUCUUGUUUUUCUCUUCUGUCCCUUUUCCUGUUUUUGGGGUUUGCGAAUGUUUACAAAGUUUAAAGAUCAAGAGGUUAUUUAACCGGAUGCUAGCUUGUAAUACUAAUUAGAUGUAAGGAGAUAAGUUUUCUUUGUUUGUGAAUGGGGGUUCUUGGGGAUGAGAACCAUAUAUAAGGUGACUGUGGGGACUGUAUGAGAGAGGGGAUUUGACAAUUGGUUGGAAGCUCUCAGAUUCGGCAAGAGUUUUUGACACUGUUCUUUCUUAUAAAUAAACCUCUUCAAAUGCA